AUGCGUGCCCACCCCAGCCUGCACCCCGUCCACAGCCGGGGGUGGGCAGCGAGCCCUUCUGAGCCCCGAGGCCAAGAGGCAUCAGUUCAGGUGGCCCGCAAGGGCGAAGGCCUCCAGCGGUGCCCUCGCUUCAAAGCCCGGCUCCACUUCUGCCGCCUGGAUCAUGGAGCCCUUCCGACCCUCCCAGCCCGAGCCCAGCCAGAAGUGAGCUCCUCCUCUGAAACGCCAGAACGUCUACGCAGACGACUCACCGAGCCCUUCAGAGUCACCACCUGGGCAUCCCGUGGGAUGAGCCGCUGCGGGCGUCCGAGGCCGUGCCCCCCCGGGGACGUGUGCAGCCCGCUGCCCCUCAGCGUGCUCUGCGUGGACCUGGCCAGGGCGGGCUCCGGCUUCCUGAGCCCCGAACACCGGGAAGAGCAGCAGAGAAAGGAAUCCAAGAAGCCGUCAGCCAAACCGAAGCCCCGGGCCCUGGAAGGCUGGCUCGACACAGAAGUCAGAAGUCAGGCGGAAGGCGCAGGGGACUAGCUGGAAAUCCAGCUCAGCGCCCCCUUUGACGUUGGGAUCAAGCUGGCAGGGGCUCAGUCCCACCAGCACGGCCAGAACCUGGGGAAGUUUCUUCAGAACGUCCUUUGGGAAGACGCCAGCGGUAAAUCCUUUCUCCAGUUUCCUCCGAGUCCCAAUGUGAGUCCGCCUAUGGGUGACAAAACAGAAGUUUUCUUCCCCAUCCCUGCCUCUCAAAAGAGCUUCUAAUUCCUCUUUCCUCAAUACAGUCUUCCCUCAGUACCUGCGGGGGACUGGUUCCAG